ACAUAGUGGAUGUGUAUAUAUAUACACGUAUUCUUCCUUCUCCGGGUGUAUACUCUCUAUUACCCCCUGCUGUCUGUUGUGGCUCAUUCUUCUUCUUCUUGUUAGUUUUUCCCUUCCUCCUCUUAGAUCUAAAGCCACCCCGUUCGAACCCCCCUCCGCCUCAUCCACCACCACCCACUAGGCUACAAUAGAAAUACAUCGGUGGAACCCGCUCCAGACUUCAGUUGACAUCCGUCCUCUGGACUGAACAGACGUGUGUUUAGCAAAUCCAUUUUCAAUUCUCGUCCUUAACAAACAAACACAUAAUUUUUUUUUUGUUUCUUUCGAGUUCCGUGUGUUUGGUUUGUGUUACGGAUCCGCUUAUACUGUCUUGGAUUAAAUCAUCGCGCAGCUAACAGAGAGAAAAUUCUAAGUGUUGUGUGUUUUUACGUGCCCUGUUUUUUUUUUAUUGUUGAAAAGAAACAAAACAAACCAAACAAAAAAUGUCGGUCGUGUUGUUGUUGUUGAUCGUGGCCGCCGUUUCCGAUUCCGCCGUUAUCGAUAGCGACAGUCCGUCGCCGGCCAGACAACGCCUCGUUUCAUCACAAGCCAUCGUCGAAUCCGAUUAUUCAUCAGAAAUGUAUUCGCAAAAAAGGCCAAUGGAAACGAUCGACGAUCUGAUGAACGCCCUCGCUCAAGUCACCAAAUCCAAAGACGAGUUGAGGUGUCACUGCAAUCUGCCCGUGUGUGUCACGACCGGCUACAUGUGCAAGUCGGCCAUGGGAACGUGUUUCUCAGAAAUCGUCGACCGUAGCGACCUGUCGAGAUCACGACACGGCUGCCUCGAACUUUUGAGCAGCGAUCAUCAAGUGUGUCACAGCAGUCAAUCUCACAACAAUGGCCGUCACGCUGCCGGCCAUCGUCACCUUCAUCCCCAACGACCUCUGGUCCUUUGCUGUCAGGACGAUCUGUGCAAUUACGGAGCUCAACAGGUCCAAUUGCGGCUGGAUUCAGCCGUCCAGACCGGCAACCGCAACGAUUCUUCCUCAUCUUCCUCAACAGGCGUUCAAGAACCGAGAACGGUCGCCAUGGAAACCCGAUUGUUUGGAGACGGACAAGCAGUUGGAAACGGAGGACACGAUCUGUGGCUCAAAGCGGCUACUAUCGCAGUGCCUAUCGCUGGCGGAUGCAUCCUCGUCUUGCUCGUCUUGUUGGCCAUCCGCAUGCUGAGGAGAGAUCGGGAAAACAACAACGACGUGCUGAUGGGAAACAAUUACACGGUUCCUACCAACCGGAACGAUUUCCAGAUCCGCAGCGUCUGGGGUAAGAGCCGGCAGAUCCAGCACGAACCAGCCUACCAUCACGUUCCGCAACACCAACAGCAACAACAACAACAACAGCGAUCCGGUCAGUGGAAGGAUUGCCAGCUGUCGAUGGCUCAGCAACAGCAACAACAACAAUAUCGCCAGCAUCAACAACACCAGCACCGCCAUCAUCCGCAUCAAGUGGCGCCACUUUUGCACGCUCCGCACAACAUCGUUUACAUGCCGACCGUGCAGAAAAUCAUUCCGCCCAAGCGGAUCAUGUGGAACAAGAGCUGCAUGUUGGCUAAAAAUCCAGGCCUUCAACAUCUUUGAAAAAAAUUAUAAGUCCACCACUAGAUGGCUCUUCUCCAAACAAAAAAGUCAAUAUUUCAACAACAAAAACAAAACAUUAUUUACGAUGAUUGAUUGAUUGAUAAAGCGUUUAAAAUUAAAAAAAAGGGAAGCGAUCCGGAAUAUCAUAACAUCGAAAGAACAUCAAUCAAAAUAAUAAAUGCCCCAUCAAAUUAUGUUCCUGUAAAUAAUAAUGAUUUUGACGGGCACUUUUGGGGGUGCUGGGAAAUUUUAAACGAAAAUGUUUUGCUACAGAAAUCGUGCGCUCUUCAAUUCAUCAUUCAUAAAUAUGUUUCCCUCCCACACAUACUGUCACGCUUGUACAUAUGAAAAACAAAAACAAAAAAAACCUAUCGUGAUUUUAUUGUCUAACCCAAAAGUCUAGACAAUACAAGAAAUUAAUUAUUCAUAA